CCACACUGCAGUACACAAACAGCAUCCAAAUACCAAAAAUCGGAGUGUGAAAUCAAAGAGCUAAACGGUCCCUAGAUUUAUUGACGCCCUUCCACAGUUAGUUGAGCCACACUGCAGUACACAAACAGCACCCAAAUACCCGUCCAAUAGCGACGACAGUAAGAGGGAAUAAGAAGUACUUCUAAUAGAGAUCAACCGAAUAAAGCGGCGCAUUGAGUUCCUGCAAAAAAUUACGCUCAACCCGACGGUGUUUCUGUAGAAGAAAGCAACAAAUAGUUUUUCGCGAAUAAUUUCGAUAACAGCAUGACUCUUACGAGGGGGGAGGAAGCAAUCGCAGCCGAGUAUCGGCAACUACUACGCAUAGGCCUACCAAAGGGAGUAGUGAUUCAGAGAAUGAUGGCAGCAAAAGUUCCGCAUGCUAUCCAACAAUCUGUCCUUAAUGAAGAGAACAGCACUCCGAGUCCUAUUCCAGAAGACGAAUCAGGCCGUGAAUCUCGUACUACCGAAUUCACUGAAGAGGUGAUAGACGACGUGAAGUUUGACCCAAGUCAACCGCUGGGCGGCCCGGAAAAAAGUACGACUUCAUUUUAUGAAGAAAUAGUUAUCGACGAUGAUGAAUCAGAAUACGAGGAAGAAAUUGUAGAGGAUGAAUCAGUCGAUGGUCGACAAUUGAACGCCGGUGAGAAUGUACCAACUCAUGUCUAUGACAAAUCGAUUUCAGACGGUGACGUUGAAUAUCAGUAUCGGCCAACCAAAAUGCCUGAAGAAACACAACCGUCCCCCAGCUCCUGUUGGUACUGGAUUGUAUGCUUAGUUUUUAUUGGACUUCUUGGUGGAAGUGCAGGAGUAGGGUAUUGGCUUACAACAAGAGACGGAGAUAAAGUUUCAAGCCUCGAAUCACCGAUCUACACUAAUCCGCCCACACCAGCCCCAUCAGUAGCUGUCUCUACACGUUUUGAUCCAAUUCAGGGCGACUGUAACUUCGAUGUCAAUGAUUCCAACCCGAAUCCGAUCGACCAGUGCAAUUGCUUGGGAGAGAUUUCCAUAAUCGAGUCAGAUAUCAGAGAACGAUAUUUUUACAACCUCGAAGCAUUUAUUCCUGCUUAUUUUCGAGAGUACGACGAUGAUAUCAGCUCCUGUAGCCCAAGAAACCAAGCGCUUGUCUGGAUAUCAUCUGGUGACGACACAGAACUGAGCACGGAUCAAAGAGCCGAAAAAUUCGCUCUCGCGGCCGUGUUUGCGUCCCUCGGCGGUACACAAUGGAAGAAAAGCCGCAAUUGGCUUUCAUACAAAAGCGUCUGUACUUGGUUUGGAGUGAAAUGUGACCAAGGUCAGCCAGAUUAUGUGACUCAGUUGGUUCUUGACGACAACAACCUCAUUGGAGUGGUAAGUUGUACUCAGUUACAAUAGCUGUGUUCAAGUGAUUGCUCUGAUUUGUCUGCUCAUACUUUAUCGCCCUGUCACUUUCGCAGCUCCCAUCCGAAUUGAGUUUGUUGGCUAGGUUACAAUUCCUCAUGGUUGCUCAGAAUAAAAUCAGUGGGCCCAUUCCAGUUCCCCUAUUUACCAUCAAAGAUCUUGGAACUGUCGAUGUGAGUUUCAACGCGAUAACAGGUGUCAUCCCACCUACUGUGGGCGACGCAGUGUCAUUAAAUUCAUUAAAUGUAGAGAAUAAUUCAAUGAGCGGUCGGCUCACGAGAAAUAUCGGAAGAGCAGGUAAUUUGGGUUAUCUUAAUCUAAGGUCGAAUGGAUUCGCAUCCGAGCUUCCAUUGGAACUAUUUAAUCUUCGACGAUUGAGAGAACUCGACAUUGCAGACAACAAGUUCACUGGAGUUAUCCCCGCUGAAGUCUCUAACCUAAAUGCACUUACGAAGCUCACGCUUGGUCCCAACCUAUUUUCUGGAACCAUUCCUUCAUCCAUUGGCUUCCUUGGUAGUCUGAAGUAUCUUUCGAUUAGUGGAGUUGCAGAUCUUAGUGGUCUUAUUCCCGCAGAAUUUGGUUUCUACCUGAGCAGCUUAGAAGAGAUAACUAUUUCCGGAACAGAUAUUUCGGGAAAUAUCGACACAUCAUUUGGAAGACUCCCAAGUCUGAAAUCAAUUGACUUCAGCGGCAAUCAGCUCCGCAGUACAAUUCCAUCAGAACUUGGAAGCCUUGGAACUCUUGGUAAGCACGAACAAAUGAAGUGACAAAAACAGCAGAAUCAACCCUUUUUUGUGCUCAUUCAUUACUUGUUCGAUUGUUGCAAUUUCUUUCUCUCUUGUCUCCCAGCGUAUCUUGAUUUGGGGGGCAAUUUUCUCGAUGGUUCAAUUCCAGAAACUAUUGGUAAUCUUUUAGCACUGGAAGAACUGCGACUAAAUGACAACCUUCUUCAGGGAGGUAUUCCUGUUCCAAUCGGUAAUCUGAUUUCAUUGAGUACGUUACUGACAUUCGCAUAUAGGCAUAAUGAUUUGGCUACGGUCCUGUUUUACGGUUGACGCUUGAUGAACUUAUGAAAAGAUUAGCCUCGUGUACUUCUCACCUCCUUCUUCGAAUACUUUUAUGUGAUUGCCUUCCUACCUCUGUUCUGUGCCUCGUUUAGAGACCAUGAGGCUCGAGGCAAAUAGAUUCGAGGACCGAGUGGCAGAUUCAAUCUGUGAUCUUCGCCAGGAAUCCUUAAAUGUAUUUGUGGUAGAUUGCCCUAUUGAAAUAGAAGGAACAGAAAUGUUCGGUGUUUUUUGUCAGAUACCUGACUGCUGUACCCAAUGUGUUCCACAGUAGUGGGUGGUACGACAUAAGAAUGAAGAAUCAUUUUAAGACAAAGAAAUUCACUUUUUCCUUCAUUCAUGACAUUUGUGCAUCAAUGCACUUGCUGGUGGCUUCUUCAAAGAACGUUGUUGUAAUAAGUUUUAAAAGCUAUU